UGGGAGUUUAUGUAAAACUAUGAUGGCGGCGGCCUGUGCGAGAACGCUCGGUAAGGUCGGCCGGCUAGUUUUAGAUACACCGACAUGCCGUUUAACAAAUUCUGCAGCAGUUGUACCGAGAACCUACCUAAGGUGCAACGGAAGAGCUUACGGUACAGGCGGUGCUGGAUUUAGAUCAAGACUUCAGCUUUAUGCGCCGGUGCGUGGCAGCGGCAGAGUCGUGGGAUGCGCCUUCUUGCUCGGUGGUGGCUUCGGUUUGUACCAGACCAUCAAACUCACGCUUCAGCGUCACCUUGCAGAGGAACAGACAAAUGCACCCGAGCUGAGCACAGAUCUGAAGUUGACUCUGUAUCAGUAUAAGACUUGUCCGUUCUGCAGCAAAGUGCGAGCCUUCCUGGAUUAUCAUGGUCUGCAAUAUGAAAUCGUGGAGGUCAAUCCAGUUAUGCGACAGGAGAUUAAGUGGUCCACGUACAGAAAAGUUCCCAUCCUGGUGGUGGACGGGACAGUGCAAAUCAAUGACUCUUCUGUAAUUAUUAGUGCAUUGAAGACAUACGUCGUCACCAAGGAGACAACAAUAUCUCAGAUUCUUGCUUGCUAUCCUGAGAUGAAGUCAAAGAAUGACAGCGGGAAAGACGUGACUGAGUUUGGCAACAAGUACUGGGUCAUGGUGAACGAUGCGGAUGCUGAUCGUCUGUAUCCUGAAAAAAUAUCCAGAAAAGAGGAGAUUAAAUGGCGGACAUGGGCAGAUGAUUGGCUGGUGCACCUAAUUUCCCCUAAUGUUUACCGCACGCCAACCGAAGCCCUCGCAUCCUUUGACUACAUAGUACGAGAGGGCAAAUUUGGCACAUUUGAAGGCUUCUUUGCCAAGUACUUUGGAGCUGCUGCUAUGUGGAUCAUUUCAAAGAGACUGAAAAAUAGACACAAUCUGCAAGAUGAUGUAAGACAGGAUCUGUACAAGGCUGUUAAUGAUUGGGUGGCAGCUAUUGGAAAAAACAAGAAGUUCAUGGGAGGAGAUCAACCCAACCUUGCAGAUCUUGCAGUGUUUGGUGUUUUGAGGGUUAUGGAAGGCCUCGAGGCUUUUGAUGAUAUGAUAGAACAUACUAAGGUGAAGAACUGGUACCAGCAUAUGCAGAAGGUCACACACCAGUUGUCCUAAAAUCAGUGCUUCUGUCAUUGCUGCACCAACUCAGAGCACUUAAAACCACCGCACAAGUCAACAAAAGAAUGAUGCCAUCUAACGGUAUCAUACUCCUUUUGCAACAAGAACAUGAUGAUCUGAGGAUUUUUUGUUUUCAGCAAUUAAACUGGCAUCUUUGUCGAGACGUUACUUUGCUCGGACAAUAACUUCGGAAACAAGAAUGUGUUUAAUUUCAUUCAAUAAAAGAGAUUAACAAAAUUAAGUGCACAAAAUACCAUAUUCCUGUUUUUUUUUCUUCUUUUCAUUAUUUGUUUUUCACUUGAACCAGAAUACUGGAUUUUUCCUGCUGUGCUUUACUGUUGAAAUGAUAGUUGUGCAACCUGAACCAAAUGCUAUUUAAGCUAAAAACAAGCUCAUGAUGAAACAGACUCUGUGGACAGAGUCCAUUUUGUCCAUUUUAGAUGGAUUGUUGUGAUUUAUUUCUUGUAAGUCGGCUGACCUCCUUGGCUAAUGUGGCUGUUACUCUCUGCGCUUUUUAAUGUCUGUGAAUUUUACUGAUUCAGAGGUUAAUAACAGCUAAUGUCUGUUUUUCAACAAAAGAUGUUUAAUUUAUUUCUUGCAUAUGUUGGGGUUUCUCUUGUUCUAAAUUCCUCUUUUGUUCCUUCUGUAAGGUUAAAGUGCUGUCACUCUCAUCAAAUGAGCUCAGCCCUGAUAGAUCAUUGUAGAUGCCUAUGUCUACCUCAAUUUGGAUUACGGUUCCACUGCUUAUAAACUUUCAAACUGAGGCCGCAGUGACCUUCAGAUGUAUGGUUUCCUAGACACACACACACACAAAAAGCCAGAGUUGGCAUAAACCAACAUGUUAAUGGCUACUUUUGGUUCUCAAGAGGGUUAACUUAAAUGCUAGUCUUGUAAUUGAGUAAUGGUUAUUUAAAGGUUGCUUCAAGACUGUAGUGUCAAUUGAACCAUUAAGAUUGUCUAUGCAUCAUAUUGAAGAAAUAAAAAAAUCAUGCACUACG